AUGUCGUUGCCUAUUAUUAAAGUUCAUUGGUUGGAUCAAUCCAGAGCAUUCAGGCUCUUGUGGCUAUUAGACCAUUUGAAACUUGAAUAUGAAAUUGUCCCUUAUAAGAGAGAUGCUAACUUUCGCGCUCCUCCAGAAUUAAAGAAAAUCCACCCAUUAGGUAGAUCUCCAUUGUUGGAAGUUCAAGACAGGGAAACUGGUAAGAAAAAGAUACUUGCUGAAUCCGGUUUCAUUUUUCAAUAUGUUUUGCAACAUUUUGAUCAUUCGCACGUUUUAAUGAGCGAAGACUCUGAUAUUUCCGAUCAAAUUAACUACUAUUUGUUUUAUGCUGAAGGUUCCUUGCAACCACCUUUGAUGAUCGAAUUCAUUCUUUCAAAGGUGAAGAAUUCUGGUAUGCCCUUCCCCAUUUCAUAUUUGGCAGGGAAAAUAGCAGACAAGAUCAGUCAGGCUUACUCUAGUGGUGAAAUGAAAAAUCAGUUUGACUUUGUGGAGAGCGAGAUUUCCAAAAAUAACGGCUACUUGGUUGAUGGGAAAUUGAGCGGUGCUGAUAUAUUAAUGUCCUUUCCCUUGCAGAUGGCAUUUGAGAGAAAGUUUGCCGCACCUGAAGAUUAUCCUUCAAUUUCCAAAUGGUUAAAAACUAUAACAUCCGAGGAGUCGUAUGCUACUUCUAAGGAAAAGGCACGUGCUUUAGGUAGCAAAUUCUAA